CGUACUACUGAUUUAAUUGUAACUGUUGUUCAUAAUGUUAAUUAUCACAUUCCAUUAACAUGGCCAAUACAAAUAUUUCAUGGAAAAGAUAAUCAAGACUUUAUUAAGAAUUCUACAUUAGCACCAUUAAUUUCCUCAGGCAGAAUAAUUCUGACAUGUAUGGAUGUUGUUUAUGGAAAGAGUGAAACAAAUACAUUAUUAACAGAUCCAAAAUUUUGGCAACGUGUUCGUGGUGAAAAAAUUCUUUUCUUCCAAAUCGAUUCAAUUAUGUGCUCAAAUUCUCCACAUAAAAUAACUGAUUAUUCUCAAUAUGAUUAUAUUGGUGCACCUUGGGACCCUAGUUGGUUCUCGUUUAGUAAAGUAGAUUAUGUUGGUAAUGGUGGAUUUUCAUUACGAAGUCGAAAUAAAACUCUUGCUUUACUUGCACUUCUUCCAUAUAAUAAACAAAUGCCAGAGGAUGUGUGGUAUGGAUUACAUUUACGUCAAGUGAAUGGUUCAGUAGCUCCUGUGAAUGUAGCUAAAACAUUUGCAGUUGAAUCAUUAUACUAUGAAAGACCAGUAGGUGUACAUCGAUUUAACUUACCAUGUUCAGUUCGAGAAAAACUAUUUCAAACAUGUCCUGAAUCUAAGAUUGUUAUGCCCGAAAAAUGUAAAUAA